AUGUCGUCCAUGCGCAAUGCCGUCCAGCGGCGCAACCACAAGGAGCGCGCACAGCCCGAAGAGCGCCAAAAAUGGGGACUGCUCGAGAAGCGCAAGGACUACAAGCUGCGCGCAGCAGACCACCGCAAGAAGAAAGCCAAGCUCAAGCUCCUGUCCGAGAAGGCACGCGACCGCAACCCCGAUGAGUUCUCCUUCAAGAUGAUGUCGUCGACCGUCGACUCGAAGGGGCGCAAAGUGGCGGACCGCGGCAACGAGGCGCUCAGCACGGACGUUGUCAAACUGCUCAAGACCCAGGACGCUGCAUAUAUCAGAACGAUGCUGCAGCAGGUGCGCAGGGAGAGGCAGAAGCUGGAGGAGCGGCUGAUUCUGGAAGAGGAGGGGGAAGCCCGGGCGCUGAAGGAUGGACACGACGGGAAACAGGGAAAGCACAGGGUGUAUGUGGAGAACGAGGAGGAGCAGGCGAACUUCGACGCGGAUACGUGGUUUGGGGAGGGCAAGUCUCUGCCAGCCUCGCAACCGGAGUUCCCCGCCGAGUGGGAAGAUGACGAGAGUGAGGACUCCGAAGACGAGGACGAGCCGCAGCCGAAGACUCUGUCUGCGAAGAAGCUGAAGCAGCAGGAGGAGAAGGCGAAGCGGAUGAAGAAGUUUGAGAAGACACGGUCACGCGCGCAGUCCAGGACAGCAUUCAGAUUGCAGAUGGUCAAAAAGAAGGAGCGCGAGCUCGUGGCCGCAGAGGAGGAGCUGGAGAAGCAGCGCGCAAAGAUGACCAGCAGCAUUGGCGGCGUCAACAAGAACGGCGUCAAGUUCAAGGUCAGGGAGCGCAAGCGCUGA